UGACAUCAAAUUAUCAUGAACAGUACUCCGAUUUUGGGAUUGAGGAAAGGUUCAUGGAAUGAAGAAGAAGAUUUUCUUUUGAGAAAAUGCAUCGAAAAAUAUGGUGAAGGAAAGUGGCAUCUUGUUCCUGCUAGAGCUGGUCUGAACAGAUGCAGGAAGAGUUGUAGGUUGAGGUGGUUGAAUUAUCUAAGGCCACAUAUCAAGAGAGGUGACUUCGAUCCAGACGAAGUGGAUCUCAUUCUGAGGCUUCAUAAGCUCUUAGGCAACAGAUGGUCACUUAUGGCUGGUAGACUUCCGGGAAGGACAGCGAGCGAUGUGAAAAAUUAUUGGAACACUCACCUUCUGAGGAAGUUAAAUGCUACUAAAUCUAACAAUAAGUACUGCAGAGCCAAUAAUAUUAUUACUAGGAAUGAAAUAAUAAGACCUCAACCACAGAACUUCUCAAGUGCCAUGAAGAAUGUUUCGUGGUGCAACAACAAAAGUAUUACAAAAAGUACUGUAGAUAAAGACGAAACUGACAAAGAAAUAGUAGUAAAUAUUUGUGAAAAGCCAACAGCCGAAACAACGUCGUCGAUGGACCAUGGAAUUCAAUGGUGGACAAGUUUACUGGAAAAUUGCAAUGAAAUUUAUAAAACACAAAGUUUGUUAAAUGGUGGAGGCAACUCCUUCCAACAGGGACAGAGUGAUGGUUGGGAUGACUUUUCUCUUGAUAUUGACCUAUGGGAUCUACUUGAUUAGAGGGUGAUACACAAGAAUGCCACCUGCCACAUGGAUCAUCUUGAACUUUUGACCUCAUUUGUUCCAUAGGUAAAACUUCAAAUUUGAUAAAUUUUGACUUAUGACCUUGUAGGUUUGCUGUAGGGGUUCAAAAAUUCAUAAGUCAAAAUCCCACUCAUUUUCACAA